AACAGGGUGAAGCCAUUAGUGGUGCAAAACACUUCUAUUGGAAUUGAAAUAUACUACUAGACAUUUCUUUACUGCUAUUUCUGUAUGACUUAUGGUGUAUACAGGUUGAAUCAAUAAUAUAAAAAAAACUACAUCAAAUAUCGACUUGUGAAGGCCAUUGCACCUUUUGUUACCAUGGCAAUCGUCAAACUGCUAUUGAGACUUGCAGUGUUGCAUCCUGUGUCUCUCUUCACUUCGGCCUUGGAGGCAACGAAAUUCGACAAAUGUAUGCACAACCCUGGGUUUCUCUUCUACGUUUAUGAAUCGGAAGUGAAAUGUCUACAAGAGAGAAUAGCAGACUCCAUCUACAAUGUUGCUCGGAGUUAUUGUCAAGAUCGCAACAGUCAAUUGGCUACCUUUAAAACUGAGGACGAGAGGAAAGUAGGCGGACACUUGAAGUCCGACGACAGGUGGAUGUUUUGGAUAGGCCUGGAGUCAGAGAAUGGCAAGUACGUAUGGAUAGACGACAGGAAACCCGUAGACAUAGAUCUGGCUUUCUUUGAUGAUGAUGGCACACGUGACCAAACCAGCAACUGUGGUGCUUUUAUAGCUGGCUUGAAUGUGACCGUUGUCAUGCCGUGCAACUUACAGCUGCCUUGCCUAUGUGAGAUGAAGUAAGGGCCACACAAGGGACUCUUUGGCCUUCAUCACCAAUCCUCUAUUCAACUAGCAAACUCAUGGGAAGCGUGCACUCUUCUCGAAAUCGUCUCCAACGAUUUUCUUAAAAAUUUGACAAAUGAUUCAUAUCUAAGUGAAAAAAAAAAAGAAGAACUACUAGCGAAUUGUCUUCACUGGGGAAACUCUAGCGUGUCCGUUAAAGCGUUUUGAAAUAUUUUCUUCUAAAAUGAAUUUUGGUAUUAAAGAUGUUUGUCUUGA